GCCGGGCAGACCAUCUUCUUACCGUUGGGCGCCAUUUGGACGUCUGUCGUACUUGGAGCUAUCGGCGUCGUCCCACCAGCGCAGCGCCAUCCUUCGCCCUCACUCUGUGGUUCCAGCCUCUUCCUCCAUAGCUGGCGACCGAACUGAGCGGGCAGCGGCAGCGACAGCAGGCAGCGCCGUCACGUAGGGGGAGCGGCUGGAGUCAAGGAGGACAGCAGAGCACGUCGAAAUGGCGGCAAAGCAGCGCCAAAACCUGUGAAAAAAUAGAUCAGUCCGUGCGCACCGGGCGCACUGCAGAAUAGACGCUGCGGGGUUGAGCGCGCUCCAGUGCACCGCGCACCGCACAACGCACCGCAGUGCUGCGCCGCACCUGUCGUUUCCGGUUGAUAGGAUUCCUACACGCGAGUUGUAUACCUUUUCCUCCAUUUCCCUGUUCUUCCUCUGUUGAUAAAUGGCGCCCAUAGCUUUUGAUCUCUGAUACAUCGCUUGUUAUUGGACACGUUUUUCCAUUUCGUCCUUAAGAAACAUCUCUGCUACCUUUUCCUUUGGUGUUGCCCUUCGCUUUCCAUCUCAUUGGUCUUCAAGACCGUCUUCAUGGGUCUCGUCUUCGUCGAUGUCAACUAGACACAUCCCUCGCCUCCUUCGGUCUUCUAUUGAUUGUAAUUCUUCUCGCUGGCUUGACCCUUGAUUGUCGCUUCCAACGUGCACAGUGUGGCAUUCUGCUGCUUUUUGGCUCUUUGCCUCUUUGCCUGGCCUGCCGAUUGUGCAACGUAACCCCCUGCAUUCUCUCUGCCUCUGUCAAGAUAGCUGUUCUCAGGUACCUCCCAUUCGCUGUGGCAACUCGGGCCUGCCGAAGUGGCGGGCAGUUAUACGAGUCCGAUACAGACGGCGGGGAAGGAUUCUGUCAGGAUGUCGAGGGACUUCAGCAAAGAGAAAGGUGUCAACGUGCAAGUCUUGUUGCGGUGCAGGCCAUGCAAUGAUGAAGAGCUUCGAACGAAUGCCCCGCAAGUGGUACAAUGUAGUGACCCUCGAAGGGAGGUUACUGUGUAUCAGAACAUCGCCGGGAAGCAAAUUGAUCGGACCUUCACUUUCGACAAGGUUUUUGGGCCGAACUCUAAGCAACAAGACGUAUAUGAUCAAGCUGUUGUGCCGAUCGUGAAUGAAGUUCUGGAGGGAUUCAACUGCACGAUCUUUGCAUAUGGGCAAACGGGAACCGGGAAAACGUACACCAUGGAGGGAGGCGGUCGCAGACCUAAGAUUGGAGAACUGCCACCGGAGGCGGGAGUUAUACCUCGUGCGAUUCAGCAGAUAUUUGACACCCUGGAAAGUGCAAGUGCGGAGUACAGCGUGAAGGUGACUUUUCUAGAGCUGUAUAACGAAGAGAUUACUGAUCUGCUUGCGCCAGAGGAGGUUAUCGUCAUUAAGGGUCCUGGCUUGGAAGAACGGCAGAAGAAGCCCCUUGCUCUCAUGGAGGAUGGAAAGGGAGGAGUGCUUGUCAGGGGGCUGGAAGAGGAGAUCGUGAAGAAUGCCUCUGAAAUUUACACAUUGCUGGAUAGAGGAUCGGCAAAGAGGCGAACUGCGGAGACUUUACUUAAUAAGCAGUCAAGUCGUUCGCAUUCUGUGUUCUCCAUUACUAUUCACAUCAAGGAAUCAACACCGGAAGGGGAAGAGCUGAUUAAAUGUGGAAAGCUUAACCUUGUUGACCUUGCUGGAUCAGAGAACAUUUCACGCUCUGGAGCAAGAGACGGAAGAGCACGCGAGGCGGGUGAGAUUAACAAGAGCCUGCUAACACUAGGCCGUGUGAUAACGGCAUUGGUGGAGCAUCUCGGACAUAUUCCUUACAGGGACAGCAAGCUCACAAGGUUGUUGCGGGACUCACUAGGCGGGAGAACGAAGACGUGCAUCAUUGCUACUGUUUCUCCUACAGUACAGUGCUUGGAAGAGACUUUGAGCACACUGGAUUAUGCUCAUCGAGCGAAACAUAUAAAGAACAAGCCAGAGGUAAACCAGAAGAUGACGAAGAGUGCUCUGAUUAAAGACAUGAACUCAGAGAUUGACCGGCUUAAGUCAGAGUUGUAUGCAUGCCGUGAGCGGAAUGGCGUUUACAUACCAAAAGACCGUUACUUCCAGGAGGAGGCAGAGCGAAAGGCAAUGUCCGACAGGAUUGAACAGAUGGAGUUCGAGCUUGAGAACAAAGACAAGACUAUUGAGGAUCUUCAGGAGGCGUUUGGUGCAUUGAGGAGACAGCAUGGUGGCUUGACUGCCAAGAAUGACAACACUGAGCGAGCUCUUACUCACACGAGAGAAGUUCUGGUGGAGACUAGGGAGGCUCUGAAGGAUGCUCAAUACACGAUAAGCGAGCGGGACUUUAUGCUUGACAAACGUCAAAUUGCAGAGGAUGCUCUUGUUGAUAAAGGAGGUUCAGUGCGAGAGGUGUUGGAGGCUACAUCGAAGGAUGUGGCAGGCUUGCGAGUGAAGCUAAGUCGGAAGGCAGAGGUGGAUUUGGAGAACAAGGUGGCGUCGAAGAGGUUUCGGCUCAGAGUGGAAGAAUGGAUAAAGGCCAUCAGGAAAAUGGUGGGAGAAUCAGUUGCGGAACAGCAGAAGGGUUUGACAGACAUGGAACGACAUAUGGGGGAAUUCGUCAUCAGAAAGGAGGCUGAUCUUGCAAGAUUGAAAGAAGAUGCUGAAGCUGUCAGGAGUGUGGUAUCUCGGGGAAUGGAGCAAGUGAAGGAGGCAGUCAUGGCCCAUGAAGAGAACGGGGCACAGUCUUUUGCUGGCAUAUGCGAUGCACAUAGGGGUUAUGCAGAAAAUAUUGAGAGGGUGGUUGCUGAUGCUGUUACGCAGGCUGAGAAGACAAUUGGAUUGUUGCGAUCAGCAAUGGAGGAUCAGGCAAGGGAAAUGACAUUGUUUGUCAACCAACAGAGAGAGACAUCGGCAAAGAACUUGGAAUCAGUCAGGUCCGUUGCUAUGUCGACACACAGUGCCUUGAGGGCUAUCGAGCAAUGUGCAAGACAAUGUGCAGAAGAGCUUGGGAUGCGUCAAAUUGAGCAAGAAAGGCAACUCGAGCUUCUGAAGGCUGACUUUGAGGUGCAAAGUAGGGAAGAGGAGACACGGUUCAUGGAGAAUGUUGCUAGCAUGGUAUCUGCAAUGGCGAACAGAAAGCGGGAGCUGGUUCAUCAUCAUGUCGUAGAAAUACGACAGGCAUCAGACAAGGCUGCAGAACUUGCAACUUCGUCAGUGUCUAGGGUGAUGGAAAUGGCAUCCUCUGCCAAUUCAGAGCUGGGCACAUGGCAGGAAGGCAUGGAGACAUCUGCUUCGGUUGCCCGUGCAGCAGUGGCUGCCAAGCACUGUCGCGUAAAGGAGCUCUUCCAGCAGUGCAAAGAGAAUACGAGUUUGUCCUCCGAGCAUUGGACUUCGUUGAAGAAGGAAGUUGAGAGGCACCAGAAGGUACAGCUGGAGGAGCUGACAACAAUUGUAAGGACGUGCACUGAAUCCGAGAGGCAAUUCACAUGCCGAAUGGUGGAGUAUGCAAAAGAGUCGAGUGCUGAUGCUGACAAGGUGAACGAAGGGCUUCUCAGUGCUGUUUAUGAGGGUCAUUCUAGAGACCAGGAGAUGGCCAAGGAAGUCCAGGCUGGCCUGGAAGAUGGGCACCAAGCAGCAGACUGUUUCUCAGACAACCACACUCACCAUGUUGCUGAGCUGAAGACCUCUGUGGAAAGCUUCUUCGAACGUGAGAUCCAGACUGCAGAAGAGGAGGCUAUUGUCGAAUCUGCUGCCUUAACAGUGAGCAUGGUGCAGGAGGAAAGAGGGCAAGAACGGUUUAGGCCUGUGGUGGCAGUCAACUCUCGUGGCCUCGGAGAUGCAGGUCGAAAUGGCGGCAAAGCAGGACCAAAACCUGUAAAGAAAGAAAUCAGGCAGUGCGCAUCGGGUGCACUGUACUAUACACGCUGCGGAGCGGCCUCCCAUUUGCUAUUGGAACUUAGGCCCGCCAAAGUGGCGGGCAGUUACAGGAGUCCGGUAAAGACGGCGGGGAAGGAUUCUGUCAGGAUGUCGAGGGACUUCAGCAAAGAGAAAGGUGUCAACGUGCAAGUCUUGUUGCGGUGCAGGCCAUGCAAUGAUGAAGAGCUUCGAACGAAUGCCCCGCAAGUUGUACAAUGUAGCGACCCUCGAAGGGAGGUUACUGUGUAUCAGAACAUCGCCGGGAAGCAAAUUGAUCGGACCUUCACUUUCGACAAGGUUUUUGGGCCGAACUCUAAGCAACAAGACGUAUAUGAUCAAGCUGUUGUGCCGAUCGUGAAUGAAGUUCUGGAGGGAUUCAACUGCACGAUCUUUGCAUAUGGGCAAACUGGAACCGGGAAAACGUACACCAUGGAGGGAGGCGGUCGCAGACCUAAGAAUGGAGAACUGCCACCGGAGGCGGGAGUUAUUCCUCGUGCAAUUCAGCAGAUAUUUGACACCCUGGAAAGUGCAAGUGCAGAGUACAGCGUGAAGGUGACUUUUCUAGAGCUUUAUAACGAAGAGAUUACUGAUCUGCUUGCGCCAGAGGAGGUUGCCGUCAUUAAGGGUCCUGGCUUGGAAGAACGGCAGAAGAAGCCCCUUGCUCUCAUGGAGGAUGGAAAGGGAGGAGUGCUUGUUAGAGGGCUGGAAGAGGAGAUUGUGAAGAACGCCUCUGAAAUUUACACAUUGCUGGAUAGAGGAUCGGCAAAGAGGCGAACUGCGGAGACUUUGCUUAAUAAGCAGUCAAGUCGUUCGCAUUCUGUGUUCUCCAUUACUAUUCACAUCAAGGAAUCAACACCGGAAGGGGAAGAGCUGAUUAAAUGUGGAAAGCUUAACCUUGUUGACCUGGCUGGCUCAGAGAAUAUUUCACGCUCUGGCGCAAGAGAUGGAAGAGCACGCGAGGCGGGUGAGAUUAACAAGAGCUUGCUAACACUAGGCCGUGUGAUUACGGCAUUGGUGGAGCAUCUCGGACAUAUUCCUUACAGGGACAGCAAGCUCACGAGGCUGCUGCGAGACUCACUAGGUGGAAGAACAAAGACGUGCAUCAUUGCUACUGUUUCUCCUACAGUACAGUGCUUGGAAGAGACUUUAAGCACGCUGGACUAUGCUCAUCGAGCGAAGAACAUAAAGAACAAGCCAGAGGUAAAUCAGAAGAUGACGAAGAGUGCUCUGAUUAAAGACAUGAACUCAGAGAUUGACCGGCUUAAAUCAGAGUUGUAUGCAUGCCGUGAGAGGAAUGGCGUUUACAUACCAAAAGACCGUUACUUCCAGGAGGAGGCAGAGAGAAAGGCAAUGUCUGACAGGAUUGAACAGAUGGAGUUUGAGCUUGAGAACAAAGACAAGACUAUUGAGGAUCUUCAGGAGGCGUUUGAUGCAUUGAGGAGACAGCAUGAUGGCUUGACUGCAAAGAAUGACAACACUGAGCGGGCUCUUACGCAUACGAGAGAAGUUCUGGUGGAGACUAAGGAGGCUCUGAAGAAUGCUCAAUUCACAAUAACCGAGCGGGACUUCAUGCUUGACAAGCGUCAAAGCGCAGAGGAUGCUCUUGUUGAUAAAGGAGGUUCAGUGCGAGAGGAGUUGGAGGCUACGUCGAAGGAUGUGGCAGGCUUGAGAGUGAAGCUAAGUCGGAAGGCAGAGGUGGAUUUGGAGAACAAGGUGGCAUCGAAGAGGUUUCGGCUCAGAGUGGAAGAAUGGAUAAAGGCCAUCAGGAAAAUGGUGGGGGAAUCAAUUGCAGAACAGCAGAAGGGUUUGAAAGACAUGGAACAGCAUAUGGGGGAAUUCGUCGUCAGAAAGGAGGCUGAUCUUGCAAGAUUGAAAGAAGACGCCGAAGCCGUCAGGAGUGUGGUGUCUCGGGGAAUGGAGCAAGUGAAGGAGGCAGUCAUGGCCCAUGAAGAGAAAGGGGCACAGUCUUUUGCUGGCAUAUGCGAUGCACAUAGGGGUUAUGCGGAAAAUCUCGAGAGGGUGGUUGUUGAAGCUGUUACCCAGGCUGAGAGAACGAUUGGAUCGUUGCAAUCAGCAAUGGAGGAGCAGGCAAGAAAUAUGACAUUGUUUGUCAACCAACAGAGAGAGACAUCGGCAAAGAACUUGGAAUCAGUCAGGGCCAUUGCUAUGUCGACGCAAAGUGCCCUGAGGGCUAUCGAGCAAUGUGCAAGACAAUGUGCAGAAGACCUUGGGAUGCGUCAAGUUGAACAAGAAAGGCAACUCGAGCUCCUGAAGGCUGACUUUGAGGAGCAAAGUAGGGAAGAGGAGAGGCGGUUCAUGGAGAAUAUUGCUAGCAUGGUAUCUGCAAUGGUGAACAGAAAGCGGGAGCUGGUCCAUCAUCAUGUCGUGGAAAUAAGACAGGCAUCAGACAAGGCUGCGGAACUUGCAACUUCGUCAGUGUCUAGGAUGAUGGAAAUGGCAUCCUCUGCCAAUUCAGAGCUGGGAACAUGGCAGGAAGGCAUGGAGACAUCUGCUUCGGUUGCCCGUGCGGCAGUGGCUGCCAAGCACUGUCGAGUAGAGGAGCUCUUCCAGCAGUGCACUGAGAGUACGAAUUUGUCCUCCGAGCAUUGGACUUCAUUGAAGAAGGAAGUCGAGAGGCACCAGAAGGUGCAGCUGGAGGAGCUGACAACAAUUGUAAGGACAUGCACUGAAUCCGAGAGGGAAUUCACAUGUCGAAUGGUGGAGUAUGCGAAAGAGUCUAGUGCUGAUGCAGACAAGGCGAACGAAGGGCUUCUCAGCGCUGUUUAUGAGGGUCAUUCGAGAGACCAGGAGAUGGCUGAGCAAGUCCAGGCUGGCCUGGAAGAUAGGCACAAAGCAGCAGACUGUUUCUUAGACAACCACACUCAGCAUGUUGCUGAGCUGAAGACCUCUGUGGAAAGCUUCUUCGAACACGAGAUCCAGGUUCUGGAUCCAAACGAGGCGUGGGAUGUGCUCACCUUGACUGGUAAAUGCGGGGUACCAGCAUCAUCGGAUGUGUUCUUCAACCGAUGCUCGAAGGUAACGAGGGAGGGAGGAGGCAAUUUGCGAUCGCACAUAAGCUGCAGUCAUUGCAGUGAAAUGUGAAUAAACUGUGUGCGAGACGGUUAGGUUCCCAGAUCAUAGGGUUGUAUGGGAGCGAAUGAGCAGGCAAGGAAGCACGUUUGUGCGGGUGUUGGGUGUAUGAGGUGGCAGAUGGCAAGGAGUGUAUAUCUUCGUAGGUCUUUUACUAUAGGCCAUUUGAGGCAGCAAGCAAGAAGCAACUUUGAGCAAGCGAUCGUACCAGGCGACAUUGUAGCCAGGAAUAUCGGGCGUCGUACCAGGCGACCGAACGGGGCGUCGUACCAGGCGACCGAUCAGGGAACCAGAAGGAGAGAGGAUUGCAAGUCUGCCAACUGCAGUGCAACCAAUUCGGUGUUGUUAUGGUGGCGGAGUGAAUGAAGUUGUUAUACAAUC